UGAGCCAGGUGUGGGUGUGAGGGUCGGGAGGGUCAUGGGAUUGGGACCAGGGAUUGGGACCGAGGUAUGAGGAGGGAAUCUGCAAUUCCUUGCUAUACAGAGCUCUGGCAACUUCUGACAGCCUGCUUUUGGGGUAUGGGUUGCCGCGGGUUGUUGCUGUUUCAGAGGAAAGAACAGGAUUCCCCUGCCCUCUGCCUCCCAGCCGCUGGACUAACUCCUAGCAGGAAACUUGCAAACUGAGUUUAGCGAGUUAGGAUCAGCAGAGGGUAGAGGAAGGCCCUGGCACAUGUGGGGUCUAGAAGAGGACAGGAGUGAUCAGGGCCUCUGGCCACUGUGCUGGGCCUUUGCCUAUACGAUUUUUUCUCAAGCAGUUGUGUCCCUGUGUCUUUGGUGUGCCUGUGUGCACUUUCUCCCUCCACCAGGAGCAUGGGCUGACACCAGAGGAAAGGAAAAAAGGGAGUCAGACAGGCUCCAAUCAAUGCAGACUGAGAGCCCAAGGCCGUCAGGCAAUGCACGGGACAAUGAAGCCUUUGAAGUGCCAGUCUACGAAGAGGCAGUGGUGGUGCUGGAAUCCCAGUGCCGCCCCCAAGAGCUGGACCUACCACCCCCCUACAGCACUGUUGUGAUACCUCCAGCACCUGAGGAGGGACAGCCUAGCCAUCCAGAGGGGUCCAGGAGAGUCGGACUGGAGAGGCGAAUGGCCUCAGAGGGGUCUAUGGCCCAGGAAGGAAGCCCUGGAAGAACUCCAAUCAGCCUCCGGCUUCGGGGACCACGGGCUGUGUCCACCGCUCCUGACCUGCAGAGUUUGGGGGAACCCCCUAGAUUAGAGCCUCUGACUCCACCCCCUGCCUAUGAUGUCUGCUUUGGUCACCCUGAUGAUGAUAGUGUUUUUUAUGAAGACAACUGGCCACCCCCUUAAACGACUCUCCCAAGAUUUCUCUUCUCUCCACACCGGACCUACUCUUUCAUUUGAUCAACAUUUUCCAGUGCCUACUAUGUGUCAGAAACAGUGUUUCUGCCUGAACAUCAUAUAUGGGGACUUGAACCCUCAGAAGAGUCAGGCCACAGUAAGCCCUCCCCAGUUGAGAUGUGGGUGGCAUAAUUUGAGUCUUCUGGAAACAUUUGGUGACCUACCCCAUAUCCAAUAUUUCCAGCAUUAGACUGAGGAUGAGGUAGGGAGGUGAUCCACAGAAGGCAGAGAAGGAAGAAGUAACAUCCAAGAGGCAGCUAUUGAUUCUGUUCCAGGUACUGUUAGAGCUGUUAGAUCCCUUAGGCUUGCCAGCUUUGUGAGUUAUUGAAAAGUGAGGAUUCGAAGAGUCAGAGGAAUUUGAUAAUGUGCAUGAGGGCACACUGCUAGAAACAGCAUUAAAAUAACUGGAAUGAACUCCUGAUCCCAAAGCC